AUGGGGGAUAUAGCCAGCGCCCAAGUCCCAGAUGUGGGAGCACUCAACCAGGAUACUGCAAAGACUGUCAACACAACGAUACCUGGCGAUCCUAUGCCACGUCAAGACGAGCCUCGUACUAUUCAGGGGCAUGAGUUCUCUUCUCACACUCAAGAGCAUCCCACCGUUUCUCAGCACGCGUUCUCAACACAGUUCGAUAUGUCUCAAGCCUCUUCGGGUCCCCGCCCUGGGCCAUAUAACAUGGCCCCUAUGGCCAACACCCUCCCCACGAUGGGUUUCCGCCCUGGACAGUAUCCCCAAAACGCUCACCAGCGCAUGAAUCCCGCGGGAUCUCCACCUAUGAUGCAGCACAUGUCCCAGUUUCCUGGCCAUCCGCCACUUCCAGUCUCCGGUCAAGGUUACUACUUACAGCCACAGGUCGCACCGUACUAUGGAAAUCAGAUGCAGCAGGCACAGGCAGCGAACAUGAUGUCUCAAAGGCACAACAUGGCAUACUAUCCCAACCAGAUGAUGAUGGGCUCUCAGCAAUCUCCCUAUUACUACCCCCCUGGACCCCAGUAUCAACCUGCCGCGCACCCAGUUCCGAACGGGGCGUUAUCUGGCCACCAUGUCGCUGGCGGACUAACAACCAGCGACCCAAGGGCGAUGGCACAGACUGCAGACAUGAGUGGAAUACAUCCACAGGGGUUCAAGCAGGGGCAAGGUAGGGCUGGGAAGCAAUCUCCCAACAAAACUGAGCUAAAGCAAACCUCAGAUGGGACAGAGAGGCGAAGGAGUGCUGUUCGGGGCCCUCCCAGAAAGCCGCGACAGAGUGGACAUGCAAUCUGGAUCGGCAACCUUCCUCCGCAAACCGACCUUAUGAGCCUCGUUCAUCAUGUAUGCAAAGAGGCCGUAGGAUUGGAAUCACUGUUUCUCAUCUCCAAGAGCAACUGCGCAUUUGCCAAUUUUAAGGAUGAGGAAACCUGUGCUGCAGCACAACAGAAGCUACACGAUUCGAAAUUUCAGUCGGUUCGCCUCGUCAGCCGGCUACGCAAGAGCACAGUGGAGGGUGCAGCCGGUGUAACAGCUCCAACUGGUCCUUCGGUGGCUGCUGCAACAGUAGUUAAGACGGAUCAAGUUGCCGACAAGUCACCAUCUCCGAGCGUGUUUCCAAGCCCGGCGUCCGAGCCCUCAGGGGCCAUCAAGCUUGGAGCUUCCGGCGAGAAGACACCGCAGAAGGACAAGUUCUUCAUUCUUAAGAGCCUGACAGUGGAGGACCUCGAAUUGAGUGUUAGCACUGGCAUCUGGGCUACCCAAUCUCACAAUGAAGAAGCAUUGAACAAUGCCUUCAAGGACGCUGAUAGUGUAUACUUGGUCUUCUCGGCCAAUAAGUCAGGCGAAUAUUAUGGGUAUGCUAGGAUGAUAUCGCAGAUCAACGAAGACCCUGCGGCAGCCAUCGAAUUUGCACCCACGGCCCAGGCAACGAGCGACCUUGACCUCCCGAAAGCCAUACCGACCGAAGCGAACGAACAAGUCCCCAAGGGGCGUAUCAUUGACGACUCUGCUAGAGGCACUAUCUUCUGGGAGGCGGAUCGUGGUGAUGCCGAUGCCUUGUCUGAUGCGGAAAGCGAAGCAUCAAGCACCAAGAGCAAUGCAGGGGACGAGGGUGCUGCCAAGACAUGGGGAAAGCCUUUCAAACUGGAGUGGCUAUCCACAAGUCGACUACCAUUUUACCGCACGAGAGGAUUGCGCAAUCCUUGGAACUCGAACCGUGAAGUAAAAAUUGCUCGAGAUGGUACGGAACUAGAGCCUUCAGUUGGACGAAGACUUAUUGGGCUCUUCAACCGCGCGCAGAACGCAGAGGCAGUCGACGCCGGCGUGCGGGCUUCCAUGGUCAUGGUGCAAGGCUUCGGGCCAAUGCGGCCAUAUGGACAAUGA